UCCUCUCACUGUUGUACUUAUUGCUAACCUAUCCUCUGUCGGUAGUCGGAUGUUGAGACUGCCACAGCGAAAGAUGCGAUAUGUCUGGACUGUGCGGGCACAACAACUUAUGCUCAUGACACCUUCAAAUCUUUCACGUUAUGAUCUUGCUUCAUUCUCUACAGAAAUCUUCCUGUCUGGCAAUGUAAAAGCUAGUCUCACUUCGCACUCCGGUCUAAAACCAUUUACGCGUCAGGCUGGCGAAAGAUGA